AUGACGGUUGAUCCGGAAAAUGGCCUGCCAUACGCCCGAGCUAAUACGUCGGUCGAGGAAGGCAAAGCGCUAGACACAACGCAGACCGCAGUCAAAGAGAGUAAAUUAGUCCCUGACGAUUCUCCAGAGUCAUGGCGCCGAGGAUCCUACCGGCCAACAAGGUUGCAGAGUAAUUUGACCAUUAUCAGUUGUUACAUCGCCAACUUCAGUGAUGGGUUCCAGAAUAGUCUGGCGAAUCCCACCAAUGUCAUCUUUAAAAAGCUGCUAGGGACAAAGGGUUACCCUUCCGAGAUGCAGACCCGAAUUAGCAAUUCACUACUGAUCGGAGCUAUCUUGGGUGUUCUCGCCUUGGGAUACACGUCAGAUAUGUUUUCGCGACGUGCCGGUUUACUGUUUACCUCUGGCCUUGUCGCAGUCGGAACCCUGAUGUCCACCCUGGCCCUGCAGGUACACCCCACACGCAAUAUGUUGUGGUAUUUCGUCGUGGUGAGAGGUAUUGCCGGGUUUGGUGUUGGCGGCGAGUAUCCUCCCAGCGCAGCAGCAGGAAUAGAAGAAUCAGACGAUUUCAAACGAAAAUACCGUGGCCCAAUAUUCGUCUCAUUCACAACGCUGAUGGCAACCUCAGCGGCGCCUAUCCAAGUGAUCGUCUACCUCAUCUGUCUAAUCGCCAGCAAUGAGAACCUGCCAGUGACAUUCCACGCGUUAUAUUCAAUUGCGACCAUUCUCCCCGUCAUAAUCAUGAUCCUACGCUUCUUCAUGACUGACUCAACACUCUUUCACUACUCAAACUUCAAGCGUCAGAAGCGACCCGUAAAGUUCUAUCUACUCCUUCUGAAACGCUAUAGAUGGCGUUUAUUCACAACAUCCCUAGCUUUCUUCCUCUACGAUUUCAUCAACUUCCCAAACAGCAUCAUGUCCAGCACAAUCAUCAACUCCCUCGUAAAAGACCAUAACAUCCGCACCACCGCAAUCUGGCAGGUCAUACUCGGCGCGCUCCCCGUGCCUGGCGUGAUUGUAGGCGCAUGGUUGACUAAUGCAAUCGGACGCCGAUACACCGGUAUCCUAGGAUUUGCCGGAUACAUGGUUCUUGGAUUCGUUAUCGGGGGGACAUUCCCCACUCUCGCGAAGAACAUGCCUGCUUUCGUGGUCUUGUACGGCUUAUUGCAAGCUCUUGGCCAUAUGGGACCUGGUGCAACUAUUGGAUUGAUCUCUUCGGAAUCAUUCCCGACUGCUAUGCGUGGAAUGGGAUAUAGUGUUGCUACUGCGUUUGGGAGAACCGGUGCUGCAGUUGGGACGCAGUGUUUUACGCCGUUGCAAGAAGCGGCGGGGAAGCAGUCGACGUUCUAUCUUGCUGGGGCGGUUGCUAUUCUAGGGAUGAUUGUGUAUUGGUUCUUGCCUGAGAGUAGCCAGCUUGAUUUGGAGGAGGAGGAUCGGGAGUUGAGUGUGUACCUGGCAGAGAAUGGGUUUCCGAUGGAGAAGGCUUGA